UCUCGUAUCAGAAAAAGAUUAUCUUUGGUGGGCGAUGACGAUCCUUUAAGUCGAAAAUUCCUGGCAUCCGACGCGCAUGGCAUCCAGAUGGCCAGAAUAAUAAGCUCCAUAGAUCCAUGUUGUGUCUUCUAUAUUGCUAGAGUGUCAUCAAGGAGAUCCGGAAUCACUCCUGCAAAAGUUGCAGAGGCAAUACGAGGGGCGAUAUCCAAAGGUGUUGAUGUUAUCUCUAUGAGCCUCGGCCUCGGCGAAACAACAUAUGAGCUUGAGGAUGCUUGUUGUGAAGCAAUUAAACGCGGCAUUGCCAUGCUCUGCAGUGCUCAUGUUGAAGGCAUAAGUUUGACACAUGCCUACCCAGCAGGCUUUUUUGGGACAAUCCCCAUUAUCGCCUGUGACGAGUCUGGGAUAACGCCUCCCGGAAAAAGGCAUCUUGGUAAUGAAUUUGCGGUCAAUGUCCCGGCGGGGAUUGCUCCGGUUCUCAACUCUAACGAAAAGAUAUCAGAAAGCUCUGUGGCUACAGCUAUCGCGGCUGGAAUCAGCUCACUAAUUUUAUCUUGCCAUCAGCUGGCGCACAAGGGAGAGGAGGACUUUGAACAGAAGGGCCGCCAAACCAUGCUUGUGAGGUAUUACUUGAAGAAGAUGGCUGGAGAUGAGUACAAUUUUGUUCAGCUUGAAAGAUUUGCUAGAAUUGACGGCCAUGCCAAUGAAGGGAGGGAUAUAGAUAUACAGGCUAUUCUUCAAACAUUCUUCAGA